CAUUCAGUCCUGGCGUUUUCUCUCUAGUAUCUAUAAUUAUAGUCUAGCUUAUUGGUUUAGUUGACAUUUGCCGUCGCGUCGACGAUUAGCGUUUAGUCUUGUCCGUUUUGUUGAGCUGAGGGGAACGGUUCAACCCUUACCCUCUACCGCAUAUUCACCAUCCGAAUUCAGCCGGAGUUCGCUCUCACAACCGGCCUAGCCGGUGACUACACUUUUACUGCAGUCGCCCGUCGACACUGCAUGCAUCAUCUGGAGGUGGGUGGCUGCGAUUUAUCGUUAGAUUUCGUCACAUAAUUGUAUGUAGGUCAGUCCUGGUCCAGUCAAGGAGUUGCUAUCCUAGCGGUCGGAGGCGAGAACUCUGGAGGAAGGAGCGUCGCUCUUGGAACAAGUGCUGCGCUUGGCUGUGGUGCAGUGAACAGAAUGAGCCAGCAGUGGCGCACUUUGCCUGCACCACUCGUGUUGUCCAUUGCUAGCGGAGUGCUGCUACUGCUGCUAUGCCGCCAUGCCAGCGGACUGCCAACCGGCGCCCCAACGGAAGCAUGCGAUAACAUGACGCCGAAUCACCGUACGCACUCGCAGGGUGGCGACGGCGGGUAUCAGAUUUAUCACAACAUCGGCACAGCGUACAGAGCCGGCAACAAGUAUAAUAUCUCGAUCAAUGGAACUGAAAACCCUGAGUUCCGAGGGUUCUUCUGUCAGGUGCGUACGGAGGAUGGCGACAAUGCUGCGUCAGCGGUGGGGACCUUCGUCAACGGAAGCUUUGCACCCAACGACGGUGGAACGAGACUUAGCUCCUGUGCCCCGGCCAGCAUAGGCGUCACACACACAAACAAUCUGGAUAAGGAGUACCGCUCGUUCAUCUGGCAAGCGCCCGCCGUGGGUACUGGCCCGGUGCAGAUCUGGUGCUCAUUUGUGAAGGUCAAGCUAUUGUUCUGGGUGCACGUAAAGUCGGAUGUGAUCCAGGAGAAUACCACUGGUAUUACAACACAACCACCCGUGGUCGUAACAACUCAUCCAACCUCCGGCGGAUUCAACCUAUCUGCAUGCGGAGCGUCCAUUGGGUGCUAUCGUUCGCCCGCCGGUUGCUCCGGUGUUGCCGACUGUGAUGUCAUCGUCACACAGCAGGUGGUGGGUAGCAGCGGCAGCGUGAUAUUUGAGCUGGCAGCCAGCGCCGACGGCUGGGUUGCACUUGGUCUGAAUAGCAUUGCCAAGAUGCAAGGUGCCCAAGCUAUGGGCUGUCAGCGAGCCAGUGACUCUGGAGCUGAGGUUAAUGUCAAGAAUACUCACAAUGUUGCACAGAGAACUAACGAGCCAAUCGAACCAGGGGAUGUGCAACACGGUCUCACACUGCUUUCCAGUGCGUACACGAAUGGUGUGAUCCAGUGUCGCUUCCAGCGCAAGUUUGCUGGCAGCUCGACUGGCGAGCGUACACUCGGCCAUGAUGUCAAACUCCAUUAUCUGAUCGCCAUCAACCAAAUGAGUAGUGGCGUGGCUCCAAAGGAUAAGCCGUUUCUACUGAAGCAUAAUCUCGACCCCAUCAAGCUGGACUCGUUUGCGGUCACCGAUCUCAUGAACAUUGGCGCCACAGUUCCGACAACGCAGCCUCCAGUGACCACUACUCCAGGGCCCACUACCACACCCGCCACCACAGUUCCAGCAGCGCCCACGCCCAGUGCAUCGCCAGUAGUUAAUAUUGACCUGGCAAGAUGCGGAGAAUCGCUUGGCUGCUAUCGGAGUCCGGACGGCUGUCGGAGCGUGGAGGAGUGUGACGCGAUUGUAACGCAAGAGGUGAACACGGCUGAUAAGACGGUCGUGUUCUCGCUGUCGGCCAAGUCUGAUGGCUGGGUGGCGCUCGGUUUGAACUCUGAAUCUCAGAUGGCGGGCACACAGGCCAUGGGCUGCCAGCGCGAGUCGGAUAGCAGUUCACACGUCAACGUAAAGAACACCGCCAACGACCCUUCGCAGUACGCCAACUUGCCGGUCGAUGCCAACAAUCUGCAAACUGGCUUGCUGCUUCUGGCAGCAUCCUACCAGGAAGGUCGUAUCAUGUGUCAGUUCCGGCGUGCUUUUUCCACAUCUGACUCCAAAGAGAAAGAGCUGGGGAGUGACAAGCCGUACCAUUACAUCAUUGCCAUGAACACCGACUCGUCUGCUGCCGAGCCAGCACACGUACCACUAUUGAACAAGCACAACCAAGAUCCCGUUGUCCUGGAUCCCUUCACUGUCACUGACCUGAUGAAUGUUGGCGCUGGCAAGAUGGUUGACCUGACUGGCUGCGGUACGAGCAAAGGCUGUGCGGUCUACCCGGGAGGUUGCGCCAACUACGGCUGCGAGUACGCGUACACGCAGGAAGUGCAGGGCGACAUGCUCAGCAUCCAGCUGUGGGGACGAUCGCAGGGCUGGUUGGCCAUCGGGUAUAAUGACCGCAGGCUAAUGGACGGUGCUGAUGUUGUAGCUUGCCAGCUUUCAGAUGACGGUAAUGUCUAUGCUAAGAAGGGACACAAUAUCAAGAUUGGGGAUGCGCUCAAUAACACACUGGACAACUCGUCUGAUCCGACUGUGGGUUUGACUAACAUCACGGCAGUAUCACAGAAUGGUUACCUUUACUGCACGUUGAGUCGUUCUCUGACUGGUUGGAACGGUAUUGACAUCACCAAGCCGCUCUACUUGAUGUUUGCCAAGAACGCCAACGGUACAGCUCCUCCGGACACCGGCGUGCUUCACAAGCACACGGAUACACCGGCGAUACCCAACGACAAGUUCAGCACUGCCACGCCGUUCAGCAUUGUGGUGAACGGAACCAGUCAGGAAUUCACGAAAAUCGAUCUGUCUGGCUGUGGCUCGGUGAAAGGCUGCCUGCGUCUGCCCAAUGGCUGUGAUCUAGAUGACUGUCAUACUAUUUACACGCAGCAAGUGCGGGUUGAGGGCUAUUUGGACAUUGAACUGUACUCCGUGCAGCAAGGCUGGGUUGCAGUGGGCUUCAACGACGCAGCGGAAAUGAGUGGUGCCGACGUCAUAGGCUGCCAGAACUUCAAUAACUUUGUGACGGCCAAGUCGCUCUACAACCAGGGUCAUGCUAACAUGCUGAAGGACCCAAGCAACGUCGCGGGAAACCUGUCUAACAUGGAGACGACCUUCACCGGCCAUCAUAUUGCCUGCCGUGUGCGUCGUGCAAUCCGGCCGAGUAAGCCCCACUACCGCGACCUCAGCCAGCCGUACCAUGUCAUCGUUGCCUUUGCAGAUGCCAGUGCAACAGCUCCAGCUAGCAAAGCUCUAACUGUCAAGCAUACCACUGUGCCAGUUGUGUCGAAAACAAAGAUGGUGGCAUCCGAUCGGACCAACAUCGGCUCCAAGUCCAACACGUGGCUACUGAAAAUACACGGUUCAGUGAUGAUCUUUGUGUGGAUCGGCCUGAGUUCAAUGGGCAUUGUCUUGCCCAUUACGUUCAAGACGCGGACGUUCAGAGACGCAACGACCUGGUUCAAGCUUCACCGCGGCACCAUGGUAACAGUAUGGUGUUUGACCAUGGUCGGCGUGGCUUUCCCACUGAUCUACUCCACCAAAAUGGUAAUCUCCACACACGUCAUACUGGGCAUAGUCACCGCCUCUCUGUGCUUCAUACAGCCAUUCUUGGCGCUACUGCGACCUCACCCCGGAGAACCUCGACGAACCGCUUGGAAUGGUGUGCACGGCGUUGUGGGAAUAUCAGCGCAGACAGCCGCCUUCUUUGCCAUAUAUUUCGGGUACAACAAGGCAUUCACACAAUUCUUCUGCUACUCCCAUAUCGUCAACGAUGUCCUGCUGGCAGCGAUUGGAAUCAAUGCUGCCUUCAUCGUCCUGGCGUUUGCCACGCGUAUUUUGACGGAAUGGAUCACUGACGACGCUGAAGGUGGAGGACUAGAGAAGACCCCUCUCGUUGCCGAGGGAAAAUCGACUUCAUCAUACGGCCCGCCGGCAUCACGCGUUACCGAGGUAUCUGCUGGGGAGGCGCAGCGGCAUUCAUCCUCGAUUCAAAAUGGCCGUGUUGAGCGUCGCAGCAUGUGCAAACUGAUGUGGAUCCUCUUGCACACCAUCCUGGCGUUGGUUCUCGCUGCCGCCCUGAUUCUGUCAGUGGCCUGGAGCCGGGAAGCCUGUGCCGUCCUGUAAUCUAAUGCCUCUUCUUGCCUGUGGAAAGAGAUGAUGUAUUCCCUAAUUGCCUAAUCUCUUUCGGUCUCGUUGUCUUGCUCGCACUCUCUGCGUACACGCCACUCGCGUAUUCAAACACACACACACACACAUACACACACGUGCGCACACGCACACACACGUGCGCACACGCACGCGUGCACACGCACACACACACACACACACCUCAGACCUCAGACGUGCCCAUCGCGGAAGCGAUGAUAGCGAACAGCUAUGACAUCUCACAUCCAUCUCUCUCUUUCUUCCUGCAUUCUCUUAUACUCGCUCUCCUCUCAUGCUGUAUGGUUGUGUGUGUCUCGUUAUGUUGUUGUGCACUUCUAAUUGCCGGUGCAUGCUUAGUUAGGCAGAAAUUAAUAGAAAUCCAUCCAGGUAGGUCAGAAACUCCUACUGCAUGUCACUGUUCCAACAUUUUUUGUUUUGUCAAAAUGCCUCGACCAUUUCCUUGAGAGAAAUGUUGAAGUAUUAUAAUGCUUUAAAAUAUAAAAUGGAACUUAGUCCUCUGCUUCUUAUUGCAGACAAUUCCUACCCUAAUUUUUGUCAAAUGCCUCGACCAUUUCCUUGAGAGAAAUGUUGAAGUAUAUUGAUUCUAAAACGAAAUUCUCUAUUUUCUUUCAUCUUGACAUCGACCAUCUUCUAGUGUAAGAUGUUGAUGGGCUGGUCCCUCUUCUCACAAUUAUCUGGUCGCAUAUUUAUACAAUUGUUUUUGGUCUGCUUUUGUGUAUGUGUCACGAUUCUCUCCAUCAUGUUUUUUAAUGAAUAACUGAUAACAACUGAAACGCAAUCAA